GCCAAUUACAAAUCUGUAAACUUGUCAGCAAGUACUUACUUUGUGCCUGAGUUCACUUCCAUGCAAUACUUGAAUUAUGGUGCUGCAGUGAGUGAGGUUGAGGUAAACCUAUUGACUGGAGAAACCAGAAUCUUGCGAGCAGAUAUUAUUUAUGACUGCGGACAGAGCAUGAAUCCAGCUGUGGAUUUGGGACAGGUUGGCUUAAGUACACAUAACUCUCUAAUGAGGAGGUUAAGAAGUUUUCAUCCUUCAUAACCUCUUGGUUGUAUGUUGUUUUGACGGUACAUAUUUAAGUUAAGCUCCAAUUUCAUUUCGUAUGAGGACACAUUCUAAAAAGUUGAGAUAUUUAAGCUUUCUGAGAUUAGAUUUGAAAUGUGCAA